UGUUUAGGUGUUUUUCUGUUGUUGACAAAGACAAGACAAAUAUUAAUUAUCUCACAUUCUUGUUCUUGCAUUUCAUCCGGAUCAUCCCACCCAGGCACCCACGUCUAAAAAUUCUGCAUGUCUGACAGUGAAAGCGACUACGAUACAGUUUCCGAGAAAACAAGACUUAUGGAUGGUCAUGUUGCUGCAAAUAGUUCAGGAAGUACAGCCUCUACUGACCUGAGACAUGGACAGGAAAUCCCAAGGAAGAGAACUAGGAGAAAUGCAGAUGAUAACGAAGAAAGGCUUGAAGAAGAGGGUGCUAGCGAGGACCAUCCCACUCAAAGACGCUGUGUGCAACACCAGCCAAUGCCCCAAGAUGAUGAGGAGGAACUCAAAUAUGGGGCCAAGCAUGUCAUCAAACUAUUUGCACCAGUUUCCCUAUGUAUGGUGGUUGUAGUAGCCACUAUUAGUGCAGUGAAUUUUUAUUCAAUAAAAGGCAUGUACUUAAUUUAUACGCCUUUUCAUGAAGAGAGUCCAGAUACUAGUACCAAAGUGUGGAAUGCUGCAGCAAAUGCUAUGAUCCUGAUGGCUGUAAUAGUGGGCAUGACUGUACUGUUGAUAGUUUUGUACAAGUACAGGUGUUAUAAAACUAUUCAUGGCUGGUUGAUUGUAUCCUCUUUGAUGUUGCUCUCAAUUUUUUCAUAUUUAUACCUAGAGGAAAUUUUAAGAGCUUAUAACAUUCCCAUGGAUUACCCUACUCUCCUCAUGAUAAUGUGGAAUUUUGGAGUAAUGGGCAUGAUUGUAAUCCAUUGGCAAGGUCCCCUUGUCCUACAGCAGGCAUAUCUGAUUUUUGUAGCAGCUCUCAUGGCUUUGGUAUUUAUAAAGUACCUACCUGAAUGGACAACAUGGGCUGUUUUAGCUGUAAUAUCAAUUUGGGAUUUGAUAGCUGUACUGAUGCCAAAGGGGCCCCUGAGAAUUUUAGUGGAGACUGCACAAGAGAGAAAUGAACAGAUAUUCCCUGCACUAAUAUAUUCAUCCACUUAUAUGUAUGCUUAUACAAGUAUGGCAACAGGUGAAGAGGUGCCAAAUGUCAGAACAUCAAGGUCUACCAGUGAAGACCAUGGUUUCACACAAGAUUGGGUAGAUAACCAUGCUAGUCAUGUUGCUCAAAGGCAGUUGGAAGUGCAUGAUACUCCUAGUGGUGUGCCUCGCACACAAGUGAUUCAAGAGGAGGAAGAACGUGGUGUAAAAUUGGGUUUGGGAGAUUUCAUUUUCUAUAGUGUGCUUGUAGGAAAAGCAUCUUCCUAUGGGGACUGGAAUACCACUUUAGCAUGUUUUGUGGCAAUUUUGAUAGGGUUGUGCCUAACUCUUCUGUUACUGGCAAUUUUCAAGAAAGCUUUACCAGCUUUGCCAAUUUCAAUAACUUUUGGAUUAAUAUUUUAUUUUGCCACUAAAGAACUUGUAAGCCCUUUUACUGAUAGUUUAGCUAGUGAACAGGUUUUUAUUUAA